AAUUUUAUUUGUUCUUUUUCUCCCUUUAUAAUUAAUUAAUUACUUAAAUUCGAUAAAUUGCUAUUCAGUAUUUUUGAAAAAAAAAAUAAAUGAUAUAAUAGAUUAAAUAUUACAGCAGAUUAGAAGAAUUUUUAAGCUCUUCACUUUUAUCUCAUUAGGUUCUCCAUAUUGAUCUUAGUAAAAAAGAAAUUGAUGAUGAAGGUGCAUCAGGCUUAGGUUCUGGUUUAGCAAAGUGCAUUAAUCUUUCAAAUUUGACACUUAAAAUUUAAAGAAACAAAAUUGGUGAUGAAGGUGCAUCAGGCUUAGGUUCUGGUUUAGCAAAGUGCAUUAAUCUCUCAAAUUUGUAACUUUAUCUGAAUAGCAACGAAAUUGGUGAUGAAGGUGCAUCAGGCUUAGCUUCUGGUUUAUCAAAGUGCAUUAAUCUCUCAAAUUUGACACUUUGGCUUUCUUACAAUGAAAUUGGUGAUGAAGGUGCAUCAGGCUUAGGUUCUGGUUUAGCAAAGUGCAUUAAUCUCUCAAAUUUUUAACUUAAUCUUGAUUACAAUCAAAUUGGUGAUGAAGGUGCAUCAGGCUUAGGUUCUGAUUUAGCAAAGUGCAUUAAUCUCUCAAAUUUGACACUUAAAAUUUAAAGAAACAAAAUUGGUGAUGAAGGUGCAUCAGGCUUAGGUUCUGGUUUAGCAAAGUGCAUUAAUCUCUCAAAUUUGUAACUUUAUCUGAAUUUCAAUUAAAUUGGUGUAAUGGGUGCAUCAGGCUUAGCUUCUGGUUUAUCAAAGUGCAUUAAUCUCUCAAAUUUGUAACUUAAUCUGGAUUUCAAUUAAAUUGGUGUAAUGGGUGCAUCAGGCUUAGCUUCUGGUUUAUCAAAGUGCAUUAAUCUCUCAAAUUUGUAACUUAAUCUGGAUGAAAAUAAAAUUGGUGAUGAAGGUGCAUCAGGCUUAGGUUCUGGUUUAGCAAAGUGCAUUAAUCUCUCAAAUUUGACACUUUCACUUUAUAGCAACGAAAUUGGUGAUGAAGGUGUAUCAGGCUUAGGUUCUGGUUUAGCAAAGUGCAUUAAUCUCUCAAAUUUGACACUUUACCUUUUAAUUGAUAGCUAAAUGAAUAUAUUAUAAAUAUUCAAAGUAAUAAACAAGUGUCUUAAAUUAAAAAGAUUAGUUGUCUUUAAAAAAAUAUUAUUAUGAUAAACAGCUGGCGAAAAAAGGAUGAAUGAAUAAAUAUUAAUAUUUGAAUAAUUGAAUAUUAUAUAUUUUAUUAAAUAAAAUUUUGAAAAAGUUUUUUUAACAUAAAAGAGAUAGAUAGAUUUUAU